UUGAAUAAGAAAUUCAACCCCGAACUCGAACCCUCGUCUCCCCAUGCCCCUCGAAUACAGCCCCUCUCUCUCUCUCUCUCUCUCUCUCUCUCUCUCUGCGCCAUAAUGAAGAAGAAGCAAAGAACCGCGCAACCUCCAUCCACCACCCUCGCCUCCGCCGAUAUCAAGUACCUCAUCCGCAAGAACUCCUCCUUCUUCGACAACCUAAUCCAACUCAUCCCCGCCAAGUUUUACCUCCCCACCGAAGACGACUCCAAGCCCUACUUCCCAGGCCUCAACAAAUCCGCCAAACUAGCCGCUAAGCAGCAAACCAGAGACAACAUCAAGAAAUCCCGCCGCGACCGCCUCGACCCCGAAAAAAACCCCCUUACCUCCACCCUCGACUUGCUCAAACAAACCCUCCGACCAGUGCCCGGUCCCACCGAGGACGGACGCGACGGCGCUGACCCAGUCGGGAAUCCAAAUCGGAUUCCUGACCGGUCGGUCACUUACGAGGAGCUCCGGCAACGGCUCCACCGACGGAUCGAGGAGCUGCGAGGGAACCGCGGCGUAGGGGAGGCAUGGAGGAGCGAGAAGAGAGAGAAGAGAGAGAACGAAUAUAGGAAGAGAAAGAGGGGUGGUGGUGAUGAUGAUGAUCAAGCGGAAGGAGAGAAAAGUGAUGGCAGAGGUGGUAAUAUUGGGAAAUCAGAGGGGGAGAUUGAGAAGGAAGUGACGGAGGCGAGUAAAAGGAUUGAGUUUGGGAAGGUGAAGCUUGGAGGAGGCGGGGAAGAGAGGAACAAGAAGAAGAAGAAGUUGUCGAAGGAAAAGGAGCUGGAAAUGGCAAAGAGGUUGGAGGAGGCGAAGAAGGAACCGGGUGUGGCGAAGAAGCAUUCGUGGAAGGCGGCGGCGAGCCGGGCGGCCGGGGAUAAAGUGCACGAUGAUCCCAAGUUGUUGAAGGUGAGUAUGAGUAAGGAGAAGAGGAGGCAUGAGAAGAAUGCGGAGAAGUGGAAGGAGAGGGUUGAGAGCAGGGAGAAGGUGAAGGGGGAGAAGCAGCAGAAGAGGGCAGGGAAUAUAGCCGAGAGGAUUCAUCAGAAAAAGAUGAGGAAGAUUGCCAAGAGAGAGAAGAAGCUCAUGAGGCCGGGGUUCGAAGGGCGCAAAGAGGGGUACAUUAACGAGAAUUAAGGUUUUUUUUUUUAAAGUUUGUGCUCUUACAUUUUCGCUUUAAAGUUACUACUAUCAGUUUUGCUUACUGGAUGGAUAGUUGAUAAACUUUCAUUUGAUAUAUGGGUUUAAUGGAUUGAUGUAGUUGGGAGGUUAACAUGUAGUUGAUAAUUUGCUAAUGUUGACUUGUUGUACUGAAUUGAGAUAACUUCUCAUAUCUAUGAGGCAUUCAAUCUCGUUGUUUUAGUUUCUAAUCCUGUUAAAGGCUAUUCGAGGUUUCUUUGAAAUCAUUGGAACCUGAAAUUAUAUGGAAAACCAUGUAAAGAAACUCAGUCAUCUCAUCAGUGACAUAGAUUGGAAGCUCUAAAAGUAUUUACUUUGGGGUAUAUGAAAUGCAUGUUAGCUUGUUGUCAUGGUGCUUAAUUCAUAACUGUGGUACAUUCGGUUGCCAUUUUAGGCUCAAGCUGUAUUUGUAAUGUUUUUGUGGAUUGCCCCAUUAGCGUAUCUUUCUCUCGUGUAGAGGGGUUUUGAAGGCAUCCUGCAUUGCCAAGAAAAGAGUAGUAGAAUGAAAUAAGUUUGGCUCUGUCUCUCUCUACUAUUUCUAACUUUCAGGUUAGCAACCGAGCUUGGUGUAACGCAUAACUUUAGCUCAUGCCAUGCUUGUUACGGUAAACACAUUCUUCUUAAUAUGCUCUUUUUGGUUGUCACUGUGAUCUUAAUGCACUGUGUAACGCAUAUAGCUGUUCUAGCAUAUGGUAGAAAGCAGAGGUGGUUGGGAAUAUUUCGAAGGGAGAUUCCAAAGAGAGAAUUAGCUCAUAUAGCUGGGGUAAGAUUCGUAAGAAUGAAGGAUCUAGGGUUGUAUACUUGUAUCAGUAAAGAGUACGGUGCAAACAGUUCUGAAGCUCAUGGUUAAUUGUUUGCGUUGAAAAAGAAAUCUUAUUUACCGAAUAUAUCAGUAGUCAUGGAGGAUCAUUUCUGUGAAGGAAUUUGCUUUGAUGUGAAGUCUCAAAUCUUAAUGAAAUUGAUGUUGGAGGAGGUUAAUAAAUAGUUCACAGUAGGCUAAUGUUUUGCUGAAAUAAUAUGGCUACUCUGUCUAUUAGAAAUUUCAAAUUUUAUUUUAGUUAAUAUUCUUGCCAAAGGAAUUUAUUUGGGGUUAUGAUCCAAUAAUUUGACAAAACUGGCAAACUUAAGGAAACCCAUGUAAGGAAUAUUUAUUGUUGGGUUUUACACUUUUGGGAUUUCAGAAAGCUUGGUUGGUUUUAUGUUCUCUAAUUUGACCAACCAUUGUGAAUAAAAAGUUUGUGCAAGAGAAUUUCAAAAGGAUUAAUUUUAAUUGUUUGAGAUGCAGUGUUAGCUUUUCGUCUAUAAUGUGAUAGUCAGCUCCUUUUUGCUGAUAUGAACAAACUUAGAUUGCAUUUUUCAUGUGUUUGAAAUUGAGGUCUACCUUUAUGUUUUUGCGGCCAUUGUUUGUAUCUUCUCUUUAUGUGGUAGACAUAACGUCCUUGUGAAUUGCUGAAAAGAACAAAAGUUUUCCAAUCUUCAGACUGUCUCUGGUUAUCUUCUGCUCCUGUUCAACGGAACUUAGCAUAAUUGUGACCUGCUCGAACUGGUGCUUUGGAUUUUCUCCAAGAUUGACCUAGGUGAUUCUACGCUUCAAGUAUCAUCUGACUUUUCUGCUCUGUUGGUUGGAUUAUCGAUCGCUGGUUGUGCUUUCGAUAUGCUAUCAGCAUAUUUGCAGCAGCCCAAUACACAACGAAUAUCAUCCAACAUUUUCUGGGAAAGGGAGGAAAAGCCCUUUGAUAUUCUUCUGUUUGAGAGUAUUUAUUUUCAACUUAUCAAACUUGCCAUGCGUUUCGAUCUAGAUACUGCAGAUCUACGUUUGCUGAAAGCAGUUAAUGUCGCAAAUAAACGUAAAGUUAUGCACACCCAUUGGUUUCUACUUACUAUGGAUCUAUCAAGGGUGAUACAUAACACUCCUAUAGAAGUGCUUUCUUGCUUCAUUCGCAAAACUAGCAUGACUAGAGCUAAGCUGUAGUUUCUUCUCACUGAACUGAGCCCCGUCCAUCUUUCAGUCUUUGGACACUUCUUUUCAGAUGUGAUGAAUGAAUAUUUGCUUCCAAAUGACAAUGUGACUGAUGGAACGUGUAGCAAUACGCCCUCGGAUGAUAACUUUCUGAUGCUUCUACCUACUGCUUUGUCAUACUUAAUUUCAGCUUCCACGAAAUACGAGGGGCAGUUUCACAAACGUGUUAGAAGCAUGUCUUCGUUCUAUUCCAGAAUUCUGUUUCACAGUUUCUCAGACUGGAAGAGCUACGUUACCAUGGACAUAUUUAAUAUAGAAUGUAUUGAGUUCUUGCCUCCAUCUAUGGGAGAAACUUCUCAAUCUUCUCUCUCACAGUUUUCUAGGAAAAUCGAUUUGUAUGCUUUGGUACUAUUUCGCCUUCAAUGGAGAUGCUGUGAAAUUUGUUCCAGUCUAUAACAUUGUUUGCAAAUUUUCUCUGGAGCAGCUCAGUUAAUUUUAGAACAGACAGACUAUGGAUACUUUGUCUCCUAUAUGCAGGACUUGAUUCAGAUGAUGAUGCUCAAAUAUAUAUCAGGAACAACAUCCUUGAGAUUCUACUUGGUUUUUACGCUUCUCCUCUUUCAGAUAUUGAGUCAAAAGAAUUGAUUCUUCAGGUGGUAAAGAAAUCUGUCAAAGUUCGUAAAUUGGCUCGUCAUCCAGUUGAGCACUGCAGUAUUAUUUCAUGGUUAUCAUCAAUUGAUUCAGUCUUCUGUGGGAAGCAAUACCAAGCUCAGACAAAUUUACCAUUCGCUCUAUUAAACAGAGCACUGGAGGUGGUCAAUGAUGUCAUUUCUACCCAAAACAUAAUUGAGUGGUUGCAGCAGUUCGCCCUGGUGCAGCUCUCAGAACUUUCAACUCAUUUAUACGAACUCUUAGUUGGCGGCAAUCUUAUAGAAAAGUUCAUCUUGUUACUUCAGUUCUGGAGACACUUACGUCAACCUUGAAGAUAUCUCAUGAACGAAAAGUUUAUCAGCCACAUUUUACCCUGUCUGUUGAGGGUUCGUUUCAGAUAUACAAAGUUGUUGAUGUAUGCCGUGAUGGAAAUUAUAGUCCUUGUGCAGAAUUAGGACUGGAAGCUAUACUUAUGAGCACUCCUCCGGGGGCCAUAUUAUGCAUGGUACCCCUCUCUCUCUCUCUCUCUCUCUCUCUCUCUCUCUCUCUCUCUCUCUCUCUCUGCGUGCGUGUGAGUGCGCAUUUACACACUCAUUGAUUUGGGUGCACACCCAUGCAUGUGUGGAAGCAUGCUGGAUGAUUUGACUCUGUAUAUUGUGACUGCAAAUCUGAAUGGCUAAUUUUGUAGUUUCAAGUUGCACACAUUUUUGUCUUUCAGUGACAUAUGUUGAUUUAUAUUUAGAAAAUGUAGAAAAUUCAACCUUCUUUUUA